UCGAAUUCACAAACGCAAAUGGUAAGAAAGGCCGUCGUCUUCUCAACUGGCCCGUCGGCUUUUCCAAAAUCUCCCACCCGCACGUCUUUCUCUCUCUAAAAUCUCUCUCCUACCGAAUCACACUCUAUUCGCUCUUUCCCCCUCCGUCAACUCGACACCAGUUUCUCCUUACGAUUUCGCUUCUCGUCCCCGUUUGAUUGAGAACCGAGGGAGGGAGUGGCUCCGCCACGGAGGCCGUCCUCUCGGCGGGAUCUGAGCGGAGAUGGCGUUGUCCGGAAUGAGAGGCCUCUCCGUCUUCAUAAGCGACGUUCGGAAUUGCCAGAACAAAGAACAAGAACGCCUUCGUGUCGAUAAAGAGCUCGGCAAUAUCCGUACCCGUUUCAAAAACGAAAAGGGUUUGACGCCUUACGAAAAGAAGAAAUAUGUCUGGAAAAUGCUGUACAUAUAUAUGCUUGGAUAUGAUGUAGACUUUGGUCACAUGGAAGCUGUUUCUUUAAUAUCUGCACCAAAGUAUCCAGAAAAGCAGGUUGGAUACAUAGUGACAUCAAGUUUGCUCAAUGAGAAUCAUGAUUUUUUGAGAUUAGCAAUAAAUACCGUCCGCAAUGACAUUAUUGGUCGAAAUGAGACUUUUCAGUGCCUUGCAUUGACUAUGGUUGGGAAUAUUGGUGGAAGAGAGUUUGCUGAAUCAUUGUCACCUGAUGUUCAGAAGUUACUUAUUUCCAGUAGUUGCAGACCGCUGGUGAGGAAGAAGGCUGCUUUGUGUCUCCUUCGGCUGUUCAGAAAAAAUCCGGACGUUGUCAAUGUAGAUGGCUGGUCAGAUCGGAUGGCACAGCUGUUAGAUGAGCGUGAUGUCGGUGUUUUGACAUCUUCUAUGAGCCUUCUUGUUGCUUUAGUGGCAAAUAAUCAUGAUGCCUAUUGGAGUUGUCUUCCAAAGUGUGUAAAAGUAUUGGAAAGGAUGGCUAGGAACCAGGAUAUUCCACAAGAAUACACUUACUAUGGCAUCCCAUCUCCCUGGCUUCAGGUGAAGACAAUGAGGGUUCUUCAAUAUUUUCCAACAAUUGAAGAUCCAUCCACUAGAAGAUCAUUGUUUGAGGUUUUACAGCGGAUACUAAUGGGGACUGAUGUUGUGAAAAAUGUGAACAAAAACAAUGCGUCACAUGCUGUUCUCUUCGAAGCUCUAGCUCUCGUCAUGCAUCUUGAUGCUGAAAAAGAAAUGAUGUCUCAAUGUGUUGCCUUGCUUGGAAAGUUUAUUGCAGUUCGUGAGCCAAAUAUUCGAUAUCUUGGUUUGGAGAAUAUGACCCGGAUGUUGAUGGUUACCGAUGUUCAGGACAUUAUCAAAAGACAUCAAGCCCAGAUCAUCACCUCAUUGAAGGAUCCAGACAUCAGCAUUCGGAGACGUGCCCUUGAUCUGCUAUAUGGAAUGUGUGAUGUUUCAAAUGCGAAAGACAUAGUUGAAGAAUUAUUGCAGUAUCUCAGCUCAGCAGACUUUGCAAUGCGUGAGGAAUUGUCGCUAAAAGCUGCUAUUCUGGCAGAGAAGUUCGCCCCUGACUUAUCAUGGUAUGUGGAUGUGAUUCUUCAGUUGAUCGACAAAGCUGGAGAUUUUGUCAGUGAUGACAUUUGGUUUCGUGUUGUGCAGUUUGUUACAAACAAUGAGGAUUUACAGCCUUAUGCAGCAGUAAAAGCGAGGGAGUAUAUUGAUAAGCCUGCUAUACAUGAGACGAUGGUCAAGGUCAGUGCCUAUAUUCUCGGAGAAUACAGCCACCUUCUGGCCAGACGGCCUGGGUGUAGUCCAAAGGAAAUCUUUAGCAUCAUUCAUGAGAAGCUGCCUACUGUUUCGACUUCAACGAUUCCCAUUCUUCUUUCUACAUAUGCUAAGAUCUUAAUGCACACUCAACCCUCAGAUCCAGAAUUGCAGAAUCAGAUUUGGACAAUUUUCCACAAAUAUGAGAAUUGUAUUGACGCUGAGAUACAGCAAAGAGCUGUUGAAUAUUUUGCAUUGAGUAGGAAAGGUGCAGCCUUAAUGGAUAUAAUGGCUGAAAUGCCUAAAUUCCCCGAGCGCCAGUCUGCAUUGAUUAAGAAGGCCGAAGAUACCGAAGCUGAUACUGCAGAGCAAAGUGCUACUAAGUUUCGGGCCCAGCAGCAGAACUCUAAUGCUUUGGUAGUAACUGACCAACGUCCUACCAACGGAACGCCACCUGUAAGCCAGCUUGGUCUGGUAAAGGUGCCUAGCAUGAGCAAUGUGGAUCAUAGUUCGGGUGAUCAAGGGGCAACUCAGGCCAAUGGGAUUCUCACUGUAGUGGAUCCUCAACCUCCUGAACCUUCAGCUGAUCUCCUUGGUGAUCUCUUAAGUCCACUGGCUAUUGAAGGACCUCCAGGUGCUACUGCACAAGCUGAUUACAAUUUGGCACCUGGAGCAGAAGGUGUUUCAAAUGCAGAAGAAGCUCUAGCCAUUGCACCCGUUGGAGAGCAGACAAAUACUGUCCAGCCAAUAGGUGAUAUUGCAGAAAGAUUUAAUGCUUUAUGCCUAAAGGAUAGUGGUGUGUUGUACGAGGACCCUUAUAUUCAGAUUGGCAUUAAAGCAGAGUGGAGAGCCCAUCAUGGUCGACUGGUUCUUUUCUUGGGUAAUAAGAAUACCGCUCCACUAGUUUCUGUUCAAGCUCUGAUAUUAUCUCCCUCACAUCUGAAGAUGGAGCUCUCAUUAGUCCCUGAAACUAUUCCUCCACGGGCGCAGGUACAAUGCCCACUUGAAGUCAUAAACCUCCGCCCUAGCAGGGAUGCAGCUGUUCUUGACUUCUUCUACAAGUUUGGAACUCAUAUGGUCGAUGUCAAACUUCGCCUUCCUGCUGUUCUGAAUAAAUUUUUUCAAGCUAUAACAGUUUCUGCUGAAGAGUUCUUCCCCCAGUGGAGAUCACUUUCUGGACCUCCAUUGAAACUUCAAGAAGUGGUUAGAGGGGUGAGACCGAUUUCUCUCAUGGAAAUGGCAAACUUAUUUAACAGUUUCCGGUUGAUAGUUUGUCCAGGGCUCGAUCCAAAUGCCAAUAAUUUGGUUGCAAGCACUACAUUUUACUCUGAGAGUACGCGCGCCAUGUUGUGCUUGAUAAGAGUUGAAACAGAUCCAGCAGACAGAACACAGCUACGUAUGACAGUAGCCUCAGGGGAUCCUACUCUUACAUACGAGUUCAAGGAGUUUGUGAAGGAACAAUUGGUUAGCAUUCCUACGAUUUCCAGGGCACCUUCUCCAGCACCUCCACAAACUCAACCAACUAUUGCUCCCACAUCAUUAUCAGAUCCUGGGGCUAUGCUCGCUGGUUUGCUUCAUUAGAGUGGAUGCCGUCAGUUGAAGGUUUUUUUUUUUAACACACUUGUAAAACUGAUUACACUGUCUUCCCACGGAUCAUUCCCCCCGCCGGUCAAGACUUGAGUACAAGACAAAUGCAAUACGGUGCUGGCAGAGAUGGGUCCGGAAUUCAAGAUUCUUUCUUCACGAUCGUAUUGUGCCACCUUGCAAGUUCUCCUCCUUUAGCAUGAGUUUUUUUUUUUGGUUUUUUUUUCCCAGUUGUUCCCAGUCUUCCUCCUUUUUAUGUAGUGAGGGUUUAGUUGUGGUUUCUGUAAUAUGAAUUAGCAUGUGAUCUGUUAAGUAGGGCAAGUUGUAACAAAUUCAUUUGUUUGAGGGUACAUAUUUUUAAUAUUAAUAAUAGAAGUUAAUUAGAUGGAA